AUGGCAGAUUUACUCAUGGAUGACCUUGAAUCAGAGCGAUCUUCAGAUUGUGUUGAUUCCAUGAAGCAACCUGAAAAUGUGGAACCAGGUGUUGGCAAAUGGGUUUCAUAUCUUAAUCGAGAGAGGAAGUUAAAUGAGCUGGUUGGCCAGCGUCCUACUGCACCUCCAGCCCCAAAAGGACUAUAUUUAUAUGGGAACGUUGGAAGUGGGAAGACAAUGCUUAUGGAUAUAUUCUAUAGCGCCACUGAAGGAAUUGUUAAACACCGAAGUAGGUUUCACUUUCACGAGGCUAUGCUUCAAGUGCAUGACCUGAUGCACAAGGUAUGGAAGAGUCAAGUGGAGGAAAAGUCUCUUCAGUCAAGUAUUUCCAAUUGGGUUAUGAAUCUCCCCUUUGAUACAAAAAUCAAAGAAUGGUUAGCUGCAGAAGAAAAAUAUCAGCAAGAAAUGCAGAUGAAUAACAUUCUUCCAGUUGUGGCCGAUAAGUUUCUUGUAGAUGAGCAGGGACAUAAAAAAGGAGCUAGAGUUUUGUGCUUUGAUGAAAUACAGACAGUUGAUGUAUUUGCUAUUGUCGCCUUAUCUGGAAUUGUGAAUAGAUUGCUGAGUACAGGAACCAUUCUAGUUGCUACUAGUAAUCGUGCGCCGAGGGAUUUGAAUCAGGAUGGCAUGCAAAAAGAGAUCUUCCUAAAGUUUGUAGACAGCCUAGAGCAGCACUGUGAAAAUGUUCUAAUUGGAAAUGAAAUAGAUUAUCGCCGUUACAUAGCACAAAGAUCAAUAGAUCCGGUUCACUACUUCUGGCCUCUUGACAGAGUCAAAAUAAAGGAAUUUGAGAACAUGUGGGACAUGACCAUAAGGAAAACUGGAGGGCAGGUCUCUUCUCAGACUCUUCCAGUGAUGUUUGGGAGAACAUUGGAGGUUCCUGAAAGCUGCAAUGGGGUGGCGCGGUUCACAUUUGAGUACCUAUGCGGCAGGCCGGUUGGGGCAGCUGAUUAUAUUGCAGUAGCUAAAAGCUAUCACACAGUCUUCAUAUCAGAUAUCCCUAUUAUGAGCAUGCGUAUCCGUGACAAGGCUCGGAGGUUUAUCACCCUUAUCGACGAACUGUACAAUCAUCAUUGCUGCCUAUUCUGUUCUGCAUCAUCUUCCAUUGAUGAUCUAUUUCAAGGAACAGAAGAGGGAACACUGUUUGAUUUAGAGAGCUUUCAAUUUGAAACGGAAACGGAAGGUGGGAAGCUCCGGCGAGAUGUUUUAGCAGAAGGCAGUGUGAGUUCAGGAGGUACACAAACAGGAAUCAUUUCCCUGCUAUCUGGUCAAGAGGAGAUGUUUGCAUUUCAACGGGCUGUUUCCCGCUUGAUUGAAAUGCAAACUCCCUUAUACCUUGAAGGUGUUCGUAACCUUCAUCCUUAUUUCCAGAGUCAACAACAAAGUUACGAGGUUUUGAGUGCAAAUGCCCUUCAAUAAUAGAAUCUUGGUGUUCCCUUCUUAUGCAUAAGUUCCGAGAUUUAUCACUAAACAUUAUGUUGUCUAUGACAGACAAACCAGAGCAAUAAAAGGUUGAUUUCACUCCAUUUACAAAUGUUCAAGUUACACUUUCCUAGCUUCUGUUGAUACAAUUUUUGUUCUUGAAUGGUAGUACUCUUUUUAGUCA